UAUCAAAUGGGACGAGAAAAUAGAACAAAAAGGUGUCCCAUCUUUCCCACCCUACUAUACAACAACUGCGUUUCAAUUAUCAAAAGCCUGUCUAACACCUAUACAUUUCUUUGAUUACGGUAACAAAGUUCAUACAGGAUGUACCUACUGCUAAUUGGUACUUUAUUGCUACCUCUCGUAUCUUCCUGUCCGCUUGGUUGUAGUUGUAUUGAGAAAAGAUUCCUUGCAAUUUGCGAUGCGGCCGAUUUUGGAAGCGUUCCCGUUGGAUUGCCGUCUGAUAUAACGGAGUUAUCCCUCAGCAAGAAUCGAAUAAAACUACUUAGCGACAACUCUAUUCCUGCUAACUUGGGUCUCAUCAAGCUUGACUUAUCAGAAAAUCAGAUUUUUGACAUCUCAACGCUUGCCUUCGGUGCUCGAAACUCGGCCUUACAGCAAGCACUCACUACUCUAACACUGCAUUCAAACCAAAUAACUCUUGUUCCCACCGAAGCGCUACAAAAUCUGCGCUUUCUUCAAGACCUUUCGCUUGGCGGGAAUUCUAUAAAGUGGAUGCGAGCAGAGUCGUUUACUGGAUUGACACGCCUGAAUAACCUCGAUUUGUCCAGUAAUGGUUUGGAUCAGUUAGCAGCAGAUGCUUUCAAAGGUUUAGAUAAUUUACAAUCGCUAAAUUUGUCGGAAAAUUCACUGAAAAUCCUUUCACCGGGAAUGCUUCGUCAUCUUACAUCACUAUCUACGCUGGACUUGUCAAGAAACUCAAUACGAAUGAUAUCUCCUGGAUCACUCAGUCACUUUACUCGCCUUGAUGAGUUGUUUUUAACUGCAAAUCGCAUUUCUGCGUUGGAUCCGGGAAUAUUUACCACGAUAUCUCACAAUUUAAAGUUGCUUGACCUUACACGAAAUGAGGUCACGUCGUUAAAACAUGGAGUGUUCCGGGGUUGCAAUCAACUUAUAACGUUGAAACUGGGCCAUAAUAUGAUGAGUUACAUUUCUGAAGAGAAUGAAUAUCCUUUUCAAGGCCUGUACAAGUUGCGUGUCCUUAGACUCGAUUCUAACCGAUUAAUAUCCUUGCCCGCAACGUCAAAAGCUUGGAAUGAUUUGAAAAACUUGCAAGAGCUUUACCUUUCUGGAAACUUGCUUCAAAUAUUGCCGGAAUUUGAACCUAUUACUAUGCUUCCCGGCUUACAAAAACUCGAUAUCAGUGCAAACUUGCUGUCUACUUUAAAAGCGGGCUCAUUUCGGUGCUUUCCCAAUUUGGAGAAUUUGGACGUUUCGAACAACGUUAUUUCUGAGGUGGGUACUGGAACUUUUGGGAGGAAUAAAAUUUUAAAAGUGGUCAACAUGGUACGAAACCGAUUGAAAACACCAAACAUAACGUGGUUUACAAGACCAAGCACAGCUGAGGUCCCUGCGACAAGCUAUGUGUUCCACCUAGCGACCAACCCGUGGACAUGCGACUGCCGAGCAGUGGCGUUCGCGGCUUCAGUUUUGGAUUUAAAAGAAAAUGUGAAAAUAAAUAUGAACGAAAUGACAUGCCAUGAACCAAGCCCACUCAGAGGACGAAACUUUACCUGGCUUGCCACAGAAGCAAAAAUGGAUUGUAAGGAAAAAUACAACUUUACAUUUUUAACUAUUUUGUUGUUCGUUGUUAUAGUUUUCUUUUGUGGGGCUGCAUUAUUACGUUAUUACGCAUGCAAAACUAAAGAAGGGUUUCAAAAGCCGAUUUCUAAAUAUUUAUAAGUAUAUCUUCUAUGCAGAACCGAAUUGUUAAAUAAUAUAUUUUUUAUAAGAACCAAAAAAUGUCAUUCAUGUGAAAAUGUUUAUUCAAUCACUGUUGUUUCCUUUCCAUGUAAACACAAAAUGCGUUUUGUGCUGUGACAAAAAAACACGUUAUUACUAUAUUUAAAAACUUUGUACUUAAGUAAGAAUUAAAUAAGUAUGCAAUUUUCGAUCUUGCGUUACAUAUAUAUAAAAUUACAAAUUUAUCGUGUUUGAGUUUGCUUAUAAGAGUGCUAUUUUCGACAACAUGCAAAUUUAUAUUCAAAAUAAUUUGUACCAAUUAUAUUGAAUUAAUUUUUCUUUAUUAAAGAGUGACAAUACGUGACAUAAGUGCGUGUGUACUAAUCGAGAAUUGUAUGGCCCCAAUAAAGGUUUUUUACUGCAUUCAAUUUAAAGUAGAAAGAUUUUAGAAAGAUAGAUAUCCAACAAAAACAUUUUUGGUUUAAUGGUACAAAUAAGUGACCAAGGGGCUCUUAAAUACAUUUGUUUAAGUGCGUAAAGCUAGUAAGGUAAAUGCUUACUACAACUAAAUUA